AAAUGAAACUAAGUUUUGGCGCGGAUCUUCGUGCCUCGUGGACUAGCGCUCACGCUUUCACUGCUUUGCUCUGUGUCGCUAUAUUGCAGCAUGUUCGAGUCCGGCACAGAAGCCAGUCGUGACUAUCUGAAUUGCUCCGUUUGUCUGAACGAACUGACGGAUCCCGUGACUAUACCCUGCGGCCACAGUUACUGUAUUAAGUGUAUUAAGGAGUGCUGGGAUGAAGUAGAGCUCCAGAAGAAAGCGUACAGCUGCCCGCAGUGCAGAGGCGUUUUCCCCACGAGGCCUGUCCUUAACCGAAGCACUGUCCUCACUGACGUGCUGAGGGGUUUGAAGAGCUCGGCUGACAUGGAGGUGAACUUAAACGGUGGAGAGUGUAACUUCUGCGGCGGAGAGAAGCGCAGAGCCGUAAAAUCGUGUCUCACCUGCGUAGCGUCUUUCUGUGAAACUCACCUCAAAACUCAUCUCGAGUUUCCAGUCCUUCAGAGGCACACGCUGGUUGAACCCUGUUCACGGUUACAGGAGAUGCUCUGCCCGCUUCACAACAAACUCCUCGACGUCUACUGUAUCCAGGACAAGCGCUGUAUCUGCCUUCUGUGUGCUAUGGAUGAGCACAGUGACCACAAAACGGUCUCUGCUGCUAAAGAGUGGUCCGAGCAACGACAGAAACCACUGCAGAACUUGCAAGAGAGAUUUCCUGGACUACUACAACGUAGAGAGAAAGAUUUGCAGGCACUUACUAAGGCUGUCAAGACUUAUUCUACUUCAGCAGAAGCAGCUGUAGAGCUCAAUGAGGGUUUCUUGGCCGAGAUCACUCAGUCCAUGGAGAAGAAACUGUCUCAGUUGUCUAACCUGAUCCAAGCCUAUGAGAAGAAAGAGCUGUGCCAAGCAGAAGGCCUGCAAAAGAAACUGGAGCAGACAAUUGCACGUCUUAAGCUGAGUGACACUGAGUGUGAUCAACUUAGACACAAAGAUCAGCACAUACUGUGUCUCCAGGAAUUCCUUUCUCUGUCUGCAUUUUCUGAGACGGAGAGCCUGCAGAGCAACCCAGUGAAAGAAAACCCCUCGUUUUUGAAUGCCGCUGAUAUUUUAUCAGGACUGAAAGAACAGCUGGAGGAACUCUUUGAUGAGAAAAUUAAAGAGAUGACAAGUGCUGCUAUAAACCUCAAAAUUGUCCUACCAGCCAACCCCAAGACCAGGCAGGAGUUCCAGGAACAUUUUGUCCAGCUGAAGCUGUCCCCUGAGUCAAGUCAUCCGUGUCUGAAGCUGUCUGAAGAGAACCGAAAGGUUAUGUGUGCAUCAUCAUCAUCAUCAUCAUCCUUAAAGUCCAGUGUUCAGGCCAAUGCAGAGAAAUUCACUUCUUUGUACCAGGUUCUGUGUGAUAGUCCUGUAAAAGGGUGCUGUUACUGGGAGGUCAUGAGGAGCGGCACUGUUCAUAUUGCCCUGUCGUAUGGCAGUAUACCCAGGAAUAGCAGUUAUAGUAGCAGCAAGUUUGGGUGUAACAGUGAGUCAUGGAGUUUGGAAUGCAGUGGGAACAAAUUCACAUUUUGGCAUAAAUGCCAUGCCACUGAAAUUUCAGCACAGUGCCAGAGUACAAUAGGGGUUUAUCUGGAUGAAAGUGCAGGUACGCUGGCUUUCUACCAGAUCUCUACCAAUUCUACAAUGACACUGCUGCACAAAGCACACAUAGAAUUCACAAAGCCUGUUUAUCCUGGCUUCAGACUCGAAUGCGGUUCAUCUGUGACUUUGUGCUAGAUGCUCUGUAUACUGCGUAAAGCAUAGGUUAUACUCUGCAAGAAAAGUGGCAUCUGGCAUUUGGAGAGCCUCUUGUUUUUGUCAUUUACAGUAGAACAGCUGUUUGUCCCUUAGGAUAGAGCUUUUGCAUAUUGCUGAACUUUUUCUUUGCAAUAGAUUGGAAAGCAAAAUAUUGUCUUCAUGCUUAUUGUUACAGUUGUUUUGUGAUUAGAGGUGGGUAAUAUGGCAAAAGUUUCAUGAUACUGCAAGACUUUUUACAAUACAGGACAAGGUUUCAAAUUUAAAAAAUCUAAACCUAUGAAUAGUGAUUUGUCCAGUGCCGCACAAAAUCUGUUUAAACAGCACUAAUUGUUCUCUUUGUAAACCAACUUGCAACUAGGAAGUGUUAUAGAAGUAUAUUGUGACAAUCACAAUAAUGAUAUUGUAAUAUUAACGAGCCUGUUUUCUAACAUUGUUUUUUUUUUUUUUUUCCCCAUUCAUGUUUGGAACUUAAGUCUGUGUAUAAUCCAGCAAAGAAAAUAAAGCACAUGCAGCGUAACACCUA